AUGCGACGAUUUUCCCGAUCUGGAUCAGUCCACCGCGACAACGACCGUGCUACUAACGAGCGAAGCGAGCGUGAUCGUGACCGUGAUCGCCUCCCACACUCACCGCCAACUUCAUAUACACCGCCUCUCAGCCACGCGCCCAUGAUGCUCCCAAAUGGAACCACGAAUUCCUCCCAGCAUGGCUCCCAGCACUCGAGACCUGUCUCGGUUAACACCAGCUCCAGCUUCGACUUCGCCAAUCGGCCUCCGACGAAUUAUCCCAUCACGGCGUUGCCGUCGAAUUCGGUGGGGAAUUUGUCGAGGACUGAUCAGAUCGUGCUUCGUCAUUUCUGGGAGAUUAAGAACGAGGAGAACAAGGCAAGGGAUCUUCACUUUUUGAAAUUUCCCUUGUUCCCCAAUCUACCGGGACAUCAGGAUUUGCUGCCGUACUGCGAGAUUUACCACUUGGUCAAGACUUCUCCCGGUGCAAAGAUUAUUAGUCUCGGAAGUGCCGCUGGUGUCUACAUUGGAUUUGAAUUGUUCUCGGGAUCACAGCUUCACAUCGACAUGGACGAUGCUUGGCACAACAUCUCACAUCAUCGUGUCCACUUCAAGUCUUACGAAACAAUGCUGAAGGACCCAGCCUCGGAGUCCAUCUUCAAGACUUGGCCCAAACCUCUUACGAUUGAAUUCUUGGAAGAACAGUUCCAACGCUGGCAGCUCGAUUUGACGAGUGUUUGCUGGGAGAGUUCGGAGGUCAGUGAAUUGGGAGGCGGCCGAGGCUUGGGGGAUGGAGGUAGUCUCGACGGCGAGUUGAAGGACGACAUGUUGUAG